CUCUGUCCACUGUGGGUGUGUUGAAUUUGGGCAGUACUGUAAACGAAUUCGCGACGGCUCUAAAGCUUUUCACUCCAUUUUAAGCGAACAAGGAAUGAGCUAGAAAAGCUGAGCAUGCAAUUUGGGUAUCUUAGCUAGUCUUUCGCUGUUGUAUAAAGGAGCUCUGUGGGACGACAAAUUGCAAAAAAAAGCAAUUUGUUGCUCUCGAUUGUCGUCAGAUUUGACCUGGUUUCAGGAAUCUCCCGGAUAGAAGAGGUUUGUCGUGUUCGAUUCGGAAGCGGGGACUGAUCUGCGGCAUACCUUACAAAUGACCGUUUUCUGUUUAACUACUGACGUCCUGUACAGGAUUUGCGGUCCGUCAAUGAGGAACUACAGGCUCAUCUUUUGCCAUAACCUGAAGCAGCCAUAGAUGGUCUUUCAGUUUACUGCUAGUGAGUAGAGCAGCGGAUACAGCAAACAUCUGGAUUUUUAAAUCAAAACACGAGCGACUGACGUGGUGCGGCUGUGGAAGCGAUGAGGAAGAGCCUCUCUCGUACCCUGAGCGAGUCCCUCAGCACAGCCAGGGUGUUCGGUAUCCCUCUGGAGGAGGUGCAGCAGAGCGGCCAGCCAGGCCACGAGGUCCCCCUGUUGGUCAGGACCAUCGUAGAGUACAUUGAGGAGCAUGGGGGUCUGGGCCUUGAAGGUCUGUUCCUGGUGAACGGAAACGCCGAGCAAGUUGAAUGGCUGCGGCAGCGCUAUGACAGUGGUGAGGAGGUGAAUUUGGAGAAGGAGGCAGAUCUGGCCUCAGCCGUCAGCCUGCUGCGCCUCUUCCUGCAGGAGCUCCCUGAGCCCAUCAUCCCUGCAGACCUACAAACACACAUACUGCAACUUUAUCAAGAAUACAGCGGCGAGGAUGAGUUGGCGAGAAACAUGAAAUACGUCUUGCAACAGCUUCCCCAGGUGAACUACAGCUUGCUGCGUUUUCUGUGCCGCUUCCUCUCUAACGUGGCUUCUCUUCAGGAGGAGAGCUGGAGCAUCAGCGCCCUCGCUGCUGUCUUUGGUCCCGACAUCUUUCACUUAGAUACAGACGUGGAGGAGCUGAGGGAGCAGGAGUCAGUGAGCCGCAUUCUGGCUGAGCUGCUUGAGAACUGGGAGGACUUCUUUGACACCGAGGAUGAUCUUUCCACUUCUAACGACUAUAGCUCCAUUAACGAACAGAUCAGUGAGCUCCUGGAAGACGAGAAGAUAGAAGCGUGUGAGGAGCUCCUGCAAGAUGCCGAGGACGGUCCUUCUUCACUCUCCCCAAAACACCCCAGUGUCACCCCUUCUUCUAGCUCGCAUAUCACUUCCAUCAGCAUUCUUCCAAGAUCUGCAGAUAUCCUCCAAAGAACCAUCCGAGCUGCCGUGGAGCAGCACUUAUUGGAUCUGCAGAGCUCCAUAGAUCAAGAUCUCAGCAACUAUGAGAGCCAAGGCUCAUCCUGCCAAGCUGGCCUGGAGGACUGUACGAGUGAGACGACUGUAGGUGCAGAAGAGCAUGGAGCAGAAGAGAAGACUAAUGCUGGAUUGCUCACUCCUGCAGACCCUGACCAGUGUGCAGAAGAUGAACAGGCAUUUCAAGGUUCCCAGCCUAGUGGCCUUGUGCCAGAGGAAAAUCUGAGAAUGGACCUUGAAACAGAGGCUCUCGUAGAUGCUGAGAACAAUAUUAACACAACUCCAAGGCUACAAUUGUACCCCGAGUGUGAGCACAUGGAGCAGAUUGAUGUCGCCACCUGUGAGUCUGCCGCAGAUGUGUGUGAUCUGAAUGCCAAUACAGAAAGCAGAAAGCAGCCCAACCUGGUGGCCCAUCAACUUCAGUCCCACUCUGUCAUCCAUGACGGAGAGCGGGAAGCUUCAUGCCCCUACACUUUCCCCUGCAUAGACUUCACGUGUAUGCACCUGCAGAGAGAAGGUCAUGAUCCCGUUCCAGUGUUUAUGUCAUGGCAGGAGGAAAUUGAGUCUGGAGAGGCGCAGUUGUCUCCACUGGCAGGUCGCAUGUUGCCGCUGCCUCUAGGGGAAGAUGCGCAGCCAUUACUGGCACGUCACUUCCUGGAUUUCGGUCACAGUCAGCGUUUCCUGCAGCAGGAUUCUGAUGCCACAUCUUCAAAUAAAGCACUGUCCUGUGGAAGGCCUCGCCGGGCCUCCUUCAGCUCCAAGGAGAGUGCAAAGGGAGACAGUGUCUGUCAGCAGCUCACCAAGAAACUCCAGAACCUCAAGAAAAAGAUCAAGCAGUUUGAAGAGCAGUUUGAAAAAGACAAGAACUACACGCCAUCUCAUGCUGACAAGGCAGCUAAUCCCAAAGUCCUGAAGUGGAUGUCUGACCUCACCAAAAUCCGUAAACAGCUUAAAGCAGGACGACAGCACCUCUUACCCAAAGCUUCCCUGAGGCACCAGGCAGUGCUUCACUUGCACAGACGCCACUCCUCCGCUCUGAACACACCCUAUUUUACACAGUCACGCCCCCUCACUGUCUCUAGACAGACACCCCACUUCUAUGCCAAACACAAGGCAGAGAGCGAACUGACUCCACAGACACGCCCACGCAGCAACACACUGCCUAAGAGCUUCGGCUCCACAUUGGAACACUCAACUCCUGAGGGCCUUGCUGACAGAGAGGGUGAGGGACGGGGGUGCCGGCCCACCCGCGAAGAGACACUCCAGCUCAUUGAGCAACAUCUAAGAACCAAGAGAGAGGAGGACGACUGGCCCGAGGACAUCAGAAAAAUGACCAAGGAGCAGCUCAGUUGUGAGAAGACAGUGCUGCAAAAGAACUUACUGUAUUACGAGGGACUGCAUGGUCGUCCUGUCACACGUGAAGAACGCUUGAUUGUCAAGCCGUUGUAUGAUCGAUACCGGCUGGUGAAACAGAUGCUCACCCGUGUCAGCAUCACACCCAUUAUUGCCUCGCCCUCCAGCAAGAGACGCAAUCAGACCCUGCAGCCUAUCAUUGAGGGUGAGACAGCCCACUUCUGUGAUGAGAUCAAAGAGGAAGAGGAGGAAGAGUAUGAGCAGGAGGAAAGUGGAGGAAUGCAGAAUGAGGGGUCAGAGGUCAUCAUCGCUUUGGACCCAGCAGCCCAACCCAGCUCUCAGCAGCCUCUGCCUGACAGCAUCCUGAGGUCUAAGAUGGGCGAAAGCUCGGGAAAGUUGACCCUUGACCUGCGUCUGUCCAGCUCUAACGCCUCCUCCAUGCCUGAGCUCCUGGAGCAGCUGUGGAAAGCCAGAGCAGAGAAGAAGAAGCUGAGGAGGACCAUCCGCGAGUUUGAGGAUGAAUUCUACAAGCAGAACGGAAGGAACGUACAGAAGGAGGACCGUGUGCCCAUGUUGGACGAGUACAAGGAGUAUAAACGCAUCAAAGCCAAACUGCGCCUGCUCGAGGUCCUCAUCAGCAAGCAGGACUCCUCCAAGUCCAUCUAGAGUCCAGCAUUCAGCGUCAGCAACACAACCCCACCAUCACCAUAACAUCCACAUCUGCAUCCUGUCACCCAGCAGCCGACUGCUUUCACUGUCAGAGAUUCAACAGGAGGACAUUCUCUGUCCCGAGUUUUUUUUUUUUUAAUGUAUUCCAUUUUUGCCUGCUUGAGUUUGUUUGAUCGUAGUGAGAAAUCCUCAGCAUGAAGAGGGACACACUCGGCGUUUGAGCCGAUUCAUCCGAAGUGUGUGUGGACAACAAGAACAGAACUUCCAACCACAUCCACGGUCAGCAACCUUCUCAGACUUCUACCAUUUCUUAAAGCUACAUCCCCAAACCCUGGGGACAUGAUACACUAUUCAUGUGUGUUCUGGACAGAAUUCUGCGUCUGUGUAAAAAUCAUACUUACUGAUAUUAUACUCUGAAUGUUGGUGUUUUUAUGUUGUUGUUUUUUUUUCCUCUAACAAAAAAAAAAACAGAACAUGUUGGUGCUCUUUUUCUUUUGUUUCUAAACAAAAAAAUAUCCACGUGACUUCUCAGCGACCGGAGGGUUAAUCACACGCGAAUUUAAGCUCGACUGUCGUGUAGUAUUCCUUCUCGUUUGGCUCUGUGUUUGAGUAGUAUGUAACUAGAUGUAUAUUUAUUUAAAGCAUUUCUUCACUGUUCUUGAUUCACAUUUCUCCUGGAUUCGUGCACAAAUAAUGGAUCACAGACACAACGAGGAAAUGCGUGUGCUAAGUAUCUAAGCUGAUGUUGGGAAUUAGUUCUGCAGUCAAGGGGUCAUUUUGUGCUCACUCAUGUCACACACUCGGGACGUUACUGUUAAACCCAUGCUUUAUUAAUGAGUCUGGCUGGAGGAAGGUCGUCUAGGGCAGUGCAGCUUUGCUGAAUUCCUGAUGAACUUCACUCGCUGUCAACAAAAGAAAUUCAUGCUAAUUUAACACAAAGUACAGUUGGAACUAAUCACGGCUGAGCUCAUUUAAAAACCCUACAUUCCUACAUACAGCUUUACUUGCACUAAGAAAGACUGUAACGUGUCAUCACGGACACUUCCUGUCCAAUUCGCUUCCUCGUCAUCUUGGACUUGCUGAGAUUAGAUGGUUAUCCUGGAGGACAAUGUAGCUCAGUGGACUAAUCACUGACCUGAAACCAUGACAACAGUUGUAUAUCAUACUUAAAACUAUCAAACGUAUAUAUAGAUGUCUUUUACUUGUAUUUUGCUUUUCAUGCUUGAUCAAGCAGCUCGGAAGUGAAAGGCACUGCUGAUGUAUCGGCUUUAAGUGCAGGAACAACGGGCACUUGUUGGAGCACACUUGCUCCAAAAAAGCACUAGAUGAGAAAUAGAGGUCAACGGACGCACUCGGCUUUUUCUCGAGUCACUCCAUGUUCGUGAAAGUAGAUGAGAAUGGGGUGUUUUUACGAAGGGCGUAGGAGCUAGUGAAUGUUAUUUGCACAGCAUUCUGAGAAUGCAGCCCACUGUUUGUUCAAAUUUGCUUGUACAUUUUAAGCACUAAUUGUAUCUGAAGGAUGUUUUUUUUAAUGCAUGUUAAGCCCCUGUGUCACUUUGCAAUGGUUACAUGCGGAUUUUUUUUUUUUUUUUUUUUAUGAGCAUUAUUUUGUACUCAUUUUUUUUAACCUUCACUUUCAACAAAUCCAUCUUUACAGUGUAGUUUCCUGUAUUAACUAAACGUCUGCUUGUUUUGUAAAAAAAAAAAAAAAAAAAAAAAAAACAAAGAAAAAAGUCAGUAGUGAGUUUGCAUGGCAAAUGUUUGUAUUUAAGUUUUUGUGCCAUGAAAAAGAAGCAAUAACAAGGCAUCAUCAUUAUCAGUGGAAUGAGAGGACAUCUGCAUCCAGUCUGUGCAUUUCUAAUAAACGGCUUGUGAGACA